AUGUCCAAGGAAAAUGUUUGUCUUGUUGUAGGUGACACACCUGCAACCCAAUUCCUUGCAUGGCGACUGAACUCUGCUGGUUCAACUACUAUAUUGAUUGGACCGUAUGUUUCGAGCGACGGUCUGAUUGCAUGGAAGACGACAAAGCUUGGCGCUAAUUUUUAUACGCCUAAAGUGUUUACAAGAAAUAUUGAUGAGCUUCCAUACAAACUAGAAAACUAUAGGAAAUAUCAUACACUAGGAGAAAUUCAUGCUAUGAUAAUAUCUGCGAUUUCCUUUGAAGAUCUUGCGAAAACGUGCACUGUGCUCUCACAAUUCUCAAACGAAAAUACUACUAUAUUUGUGAAUGGGAGCUAUGGGGUAGAGUUGGAAGAAUUUGUGUUAAGAUAUUUUGAGAAUAAAUGUAAAUGUGUCAUAUCAAUAGUAUGUGAAAUGGAAUGCCGGCAAUUAUCGUUAGGAUCAUAUGCUCUAGUGAACGAUGAGCAUUGUUUGGUAAGUAUUGGAUUAUCGUAUACUCCAGCAUUGAGUAGCAAAAAUGAAGUUUUACUGAGGAAUUCAAUUAGUGCUGAAGCUGAACUUUCGAAAGGAAAAGGAUCAGUAACUUCAAUCAUAAUUGAUCAACUCAAGGAUAUAAAUUGGGUAGAAAUUAAGGUUUACAAACCAGAAGAACAAUUAGCUUUGAAAAUUUGGGAAGUAGUAAUACCGAAAAUAUCUCUGGUAAUUUUAUCGAUUGUUCAUGAAGAAUUGGACUAUGAAAAAAUGUUGCUUAAUGACUCUGUAAGAACUAUUUUUGAGAACGUAAGUCAGGAAUUAUUUAAGGUAUGUCAAUUACAGUGUAAUGAGAAGUCGACUUGUUUUUAUAAUUCAAACAGUGGUAUCAUUGAUAACAAUUUAAUUUUACAAUACUGCAUGAAACAGACAAAAGCACUAAAUGAUACAACAUCAUCUGAAUAUCCCGAGUAUUUAUCUCUACCCUUUGAAGCAUACUGUUUCUAUCACAGAUUAGAGUAUCCUGCAGAAAUAUUGCUAACACAACCAAUCAACUUAGCUAAACGGUAUGAUGUCGGUUAUUCAAAUUUGAAUUUUCUGUUCAGUGUUUACUCACGAUUACUUAGUAUGUGUGGUCUAUCUAUAAAAGGUGGAAGAGCUGAUAAAAGUCAUAUAUCUUUUUUUGAUACUAAGGUUGGUAUCUCGCCAUCCAAAAUUGAGGAUUCAAAAGUGAAAUCUGUUAUAAAUGAUACAUCCACAAAGGGGAAUUCGAAAAAGAACAAUAAAAAGAACAAUAAAAAGAAGAGAAAACUCAAAAAGAAGGAUCACCAAAAAGAUAAACAUGAUUCCAAGAACAGUAAUGCCGUCACCUCGACUCACAGCCUUCCGAUAAUUAGUUCGGCAUUGGAAGAAGGUUCCGGCAUAUUACCUCCUGAUUUAGAAAAUCUAUACCUUGAUUCUCAGCGGUUUAAUCUGAUUUCUCCUAAAUCUCCUGGAUUACCACCCACUUUUAAUAAAUUUCAACAGCAAGGUACAAAAAUAACGACCAAUGAGGUAAAAGCUAAUAAUGGUAGUCAAAUCGACCUUGAUGGUAAGAACCAGAUUGCCAGCGGUACCGAAGUUAAAUCUACUAGAUCAGGGAGUAUAUCUACGACAAGUUCCGAUUCGAGUUCAGUAACAACUAGUUCUGAUGAAUAUGAAGAGGCUCAGGAUAUGCUUUGUAGAGAUUGUGGUGUCCAACUAAAUCAAAAUAGUAGUAAUAGAGUAAGAGCAUGUGGCUAUGAUGACGUUGUAUCGGUUAAUAACGAGAUCGAAGACGACUCCUUAUCAAUAUUUAAUGAUCGCACUAAAUUCGAAAAAUCAAGGGAUCAGCUUACUACAUUAGAAUCUAUUGGAACAAUCUCGCUGCCCCAUUUCUUUAAAAGGUUCACGCCUAAUACUUCAGAGAAGAAGAAAAGAUAUCAAGGGCUAUCCUUUGACAAGGCAACCACAAUGAAUCUUGAAUUACAGAUCAGACAGAGAGACAGCUUCUUUCUUACACAUUAUGAAGCUAUAGGUAAAGAUGCUCCAAACACCAUAACUUUAGAUAAAGAUUUGUCAAGGCAGCAUCACUUGGAGCAAGGCCAGCAGUUCUGGAAACUGAAACGACACUACAAUAUCUACAGAGGCUCAGUGACGAUACCUCGAGCUACGCCUUACGAUAACAUGCUUGAACAUCUAGAGCUUCUCAAUCGCGCCAAUGCAGGCGGCAUCCUCAACUUCACAACUACGAGAUACGGAGAAGUGGAUACUUACUUCAACUUCUUGAAGCAGAGGAAAAACCUAGCUCACAUCCUCAAGGAUGCCCACUACAGGUUUAAAACUUUGAAGGACAACGAAGUGAAACAUAUAGAUCUAUGA